CUUUAUCUAGAAACAUCAGCAGCGUCUCAACAUGGCGGCUAACAGCACAGGCGAAUAACGGGCUAGCGUCUUUUCCCUCACACCUUUCGUUAAAGCCUCAGGAAUAGUAUGCAGCAGCCGUUGAACAUAUCACAUAAAGAGUUUGAAUAAUGGAAUCGCGUGGAAUUGAGCAGAUGUUCGACUUCCAGCGGUUACCGAAUGAUGGCUUCAUACUGCUGCUGUUGUUGCUGUACUCCCCUAUCGGCCUGUGUUUGAUGCUCCUAAGAAUAUUUAUUGGCGUCCAUGUAUUUCUAGUGAGUUGCGCUCUUCCUGACAGUCUUGUCAGAAGGUUCAUUGUAAGAAUAAUGUGCUCAGUUCUGGGCCUGCACGUCCGGCAGAACAGCCCUCGGUUACGAGACAAAACCGCACGGCUGUACGUCUGCAAUCACGUUACACACUUCGACCACAAUAUUAUCAAUCUACUGACCUCUUGUAACACGCCGCUCCUGGAGGGCCCUGUGGGGUUCCUGUGCUGGGCGAGGGGUUUCAUGGAGCUGGGUCAGGGGAUUGGGAGCAGGACGGAGCUGACGGAGACCCUCCGCCGGUACUGCUCGUCUCCUGGAGCUUUACCUCUCCUGCUCUUUCCAGAGGAGGACACCACCAAUGGUCGGGCCGGUCUCCUGAAGUUCAGCUCAUGGCCAUUCUCUGUGUCUGACUCCAUCCAGCCUGUGGCAUUGCUGGUCAAGAGGCCUUUCAUAGCUCUGAACAUACCAGAAUCGUCAUGGCUGAUGGAGCUGUUGUGGUCCUUUUUUGUACCGUUCACAGUGUACCAUGUAAGAUGGCUUCCUCCAAUAACUAGAGAGAAUGGUGAAUCUCAUCAAGAAUUUGCCAGUAAAGUCCAGGAGCUUCUGGCGACUGAGCUGGGCGUGAUCUCAACACAGAUCACUAAAGCAGACAAAGCCGAACACAUCAAAAGGAGAAGACACGUCGUCCCUCAGACUGCACACUCAAGUAAGCACGGAUUCGAUGAUUUGGGUGCCAGACCCCGCACCGUGGCUCAAGGUUUCCUGGGCACAAAUACAGGGCCCGAGGAUUCACGAGUUACCCGAAUGGCACAGCAGGUGAAGGAGGUCCUGCCUGACGUCCCCAUCUCUGUUAUAACCAGAGACCUGUUGCAAACAAACUGUGUGGAUACAACCAUAACCAACCUGCUGGAGCAUACAGAACAGUUUCACUCUGAGGCUGCUGCGGGCAGAGCAUCACGUCCAGCCAAACUGACAACACCCUCAAUCCCAUCAGCCUCAACACCCACUCCAGAGCCAACUGACCAAUAUUUUGGGAAAACACCAGUAGAUAGACACAUGUCUUUACAGGAGAGAAAAGAAGCCUUAUAUGAAUAUGCAAGAAGACGUUACAUUGAAAAGCAUGGACUGAACAAAGACGAUGAUCUAUGACUGUGGACAAACACACCUGAGGAUUUGUUUAAGAGAGACAGCUGCUUAACACGAAAACCACAGACAAAGAGAAGAAUUUAUAGCAUUGACUAUAGAACGAAACAACAUGUGUUCACCAAACAUGCCGAGAGAAGACUCAAUGAAAGACUGGAUUUUUUCCUUUCUAGUUUUUUUCCCCUUUGUAAACCCUCUUGCAUGGCAAUCAUGCAUGUCUUCUUAUUUCUCGCUGCAACAGAAAACAAUUAUUUUGGUAAACAAUUUGUAUUAAGACCCAGUGACCUUGGCACACUUCAUAUUAUUUUUUAUAAGGUCCAGGGGUACCGAAAAGGGUUUCGGAAAUAUAUGGCAGUGAGCUAAAAUACAUCUUGAGGUUCAAUUUGUUGUAAGGAUACGUGUUGGUUGCAAUAUCAGCUUUUAAAGACAUUAAAAAUCAUAUUGAAAUGCA